AUGCAGCGCUUAUCCGCGGGGUUAUCGCAAGUGCUGGGCACAGACGCACCCACUGCACUCUCGUCCACCACCCCUUCCACCCAGCAUGACGCCACGUGGGGCAUGCCCGGGUAUGUGUAUGCGAAGCGCGGGCACGGGGGGCCGCGGAGGGGGGGGGUGGAGGAGGAGGGGGGAAAAGAGGAGAGGGAGGAGGAGGAGGAGGAGGAGGAGGAGGAGGAGGAGGAGGAGGAGGAGGAGGAGGAGGAGGAGGAGGAGGAGGAGGAGGAGGAGGAGGAGGAGGAGGAGAGGGAGGAGGAGGAGGAGGAGGAGGAGGAGGAGGAGGAGGAGGAGGAGGAGGAGGAGGAGGAGGAGGAGGAGGAGGAGGAGGACGAGGAGGAGGAGGAGGAGGAGGAGGAGGAGGAGGAGGAGGAGGAGGAGGAGGAGGAGGAGGAGGAGGAGGAGGAGGAGGAGGAGGAGGAGGAGGAGGAGGUGAAAGAGGAGGGGUUGGAGAGGAGAAGCAUGAAGUCAGGAUCGUCUCUAGGCGACCAGCACUGGACGGUGCUACAGAUAGCACCGCCCAUGCCAUCCUUAAAGCUACUAUCAUACUGCUCCUUGCCAUGCUGCUGUGCAUGCAUCUCCCCUUCUCUCCCCCACACCAUCUCCUCUACCCCUUGUAAGUCAAUAUCCGCUUCCCUGUUACAACCUCCCGCACUUGCCUCUCCCUUCCCCGCAACCCCCUCCUCCUUCCCCUUCCCAUCUCCCCUCCCUGCCUUUCCCGCAUCUCCGUCCUCCUUUUCCCUCGCGUCCCCGUCGCCCUCCUGCCCGUUCCCCUCCCCUGACUCCGCCGUCCGCCCAUCUCCUCCUCCGCAAGCGUGUUCUUCCUCCGCCCGCGCAUCCCCUUCCGCCGUCCCCGCGCUCAGCCACGCCUCAGGCUCGUCCAUGGCGCUCUCUUCGUCCAUCCCCCGCGCCGUCUCCCCCGCCUCCGCCAUCACCUGCGCGGCCGUCGCGCUGGAGAGCGCAGCAGCGCCGCGCAGAUCCGCGCGCACGUCCCACAGCGGGCGGAGGCACUCCCCGGCCUGCGCCGAGGAGGCCUGGGACGAAGACAUUCUCGUUAUUAAGGCCACUUGUGGCGGCAGCAAUCGCCGCCUCACACUGCGUCGCACGCCCGAUCUCUCAAUCUCCACCCUCCAUGAUCACUUAAAGCAGCUCUUCGGCAUCGGCAACUGCAGCGGUGACGGGAGUAGUUUAGGCGGCGUGCGGGAGCGGCUAGUGGUGACGUACCGCGACUCGGAGGGCGACUCGGUUGACCUUAUAGACGAUAGGGAUUUAAAGGACGCGCUGUUUUUACAGAAGCUGAAUCCGCUCAGAUUGAGUGUGAAUGUAGAGGAAGAAGAAGAGGAGGAAGAAGAUGAGGAGGAGGGGGGGGGGGAUAGGGAGGUGGAGGUGGGCGGAAGGGAAGCCGCGGAGGGUGACGGGAAGGCAGAAGCGGGGGAAGGUGAGAGGGGAGUAGCAGAUGGGGGGAAGGCGGAGGAAUCAACGCAAAAGACGCCCGAGGGAACGGAGGGUUCAGUCCCGAACGGGACAGCAGCACCCGGAGAACCACUCGGAAAGAAAGCAGCGGCGAAGAAAGCGAGGGGAGGCGGCAGGAACAGGUGGAUCAAGCAGGGGCGGAAGGCGGAGGGAAUAGAGGGAAUCGGUGCAGAGCGUGUGUAUAUCCAUGUGCAGUCAGCGUCGGGUGUGGAACUCCGGGAAGACCAUGGGGCCACGGACCUUCUCCUGGGCGUGACUCUAGAGAAAAUCAACGCUGUUGUGGCUGCUGCGGUCAAGAACCGCUCCUCUCUCCUGCUCCAGAUCGCCUUCGCCCCAGGACAAGCGGCUGAUGCUGCUGCCGAUGCUUCUCACGCUGCUGCUGCUGCUGCUGCUGCUGCCGGUGUGCCGAUUCUAGGAUCUGCUGGAGCUGCUCCCGCUGCGGUUAAGCUCCCGGCUGCCGGCGCUGCUGCCGCUUUCCCUGCUGCAGCAGCAGGAAAGGCGACCCUGGGAAACCGAGCAGUGGGAUCUGCCGCAGGUCUGGUCGCUCUUCAUAGCAGCACUACCACCACCACAAGCAGCAGCAGCGGUGGCAGGCUUACUGUCACUCCGCCAAUCCCAGGGCUUGUUCCUGCAGGAACAGUAGUGGGCGGAGGGGCAGGUGCUAUGGCCAAGGCUGGGCUGAUCCCCAACCUCUCCCCACACGCCACGAGACCCGUUUCGGUAGCAGCAGCAGGAUCAAUCCCAGCGGUCGCGGCAGCAGGCGCACCGGGAGUGGCAGGAGCAGCAGCAGCAGGGCAUGCAGCAGCACUGGAAGGAAUAGUAGCUGCAGGAGGGGCAUUGCCUGCUGCAGCUACUGCGACCGGUGGUGGUCUGUUUGCACGGGCUGUCUCACCGCGUGAUUCCAGGGCACUGGCAGGAGGAGCAGCAGGGGGGAGAGUGCCACUGCCGGUCCCUGUGGGCGGGCAAGGGAAGGGCGUGGAUGUUGAGGAGAAGGGGGAUGAGGCUUACCUUGCUGCUGCAGCUGCAGCAGCGGCGGCGGCAGCGGCAGCGGCAGCGGUGGUGCAUGAGGGAAUCGAGUGCGACCUGUGCCGUAUGUGCCCCAUUGUGGGGGCUCGGUACAAGUCCAAUGUGUACGUUCUCUCACUCACUCGCUCAUUCACUCACUCACGGACUCGCUCGCUCACUCGCUUUCCCUCUUCCUUGCAUACUCAUUCCCUCGCUCGCUUGCUCAUCUGCUCAUUUACUCUCACUCGCGUGCCAUGCCUUCAGUACUUUCAUCUCUCCCUUACCCUCCCACUCUGUCCCCUCUUCUCUUCCCCCCUCCCCUUCUCCCCCCCUCUCUCUCACUUCACUCUCUCCUUCUCUCCUUCCACGUGCAUUCCCUUCUAA